UGAGAGCUCUACUGAGCAUGCGUCAGAAAUGCUAACAUCUCUAGCUAGUUAGCUCCGUAAACAUAGCUGGCGUUGGAGAGUGAAACCUCUUGUGUGUUUCGCAGUGAAAUAACUGUAACUGAACGUGUCUGAGUGUCGGAAGGCGGCGACGCCUCAGUGGUUUAAGAACUCAUUUUAAAGAAGCUAACGGCGUUAGCCCAACGGCCGUUAGCUUGUUGUUGUUGAUGAUGAGGCUCGUUUAGCUUCAGUUUAGCUACAAGCUACCAGCUUCCGUGUCCUCAGUGUGCCAGGUGUCCGUCCACGGGCCCCAGGUGUCCCCGGUGUGCCAGGUGUCCCCGGUGUGCCAGGUGUCCUCGGGUCCCAGUUGUCCCCGGUGUGCCAGGUGUCCGUCCACGGGCCCCAGGUGUGCCAGGUGUCCCCGGUGUGCCAGGUGCCCUCGGGUCCCAGUUGUCCCCGGUGUGCCAGGUGCCGUCUGGUCCCAGGUUUUCCUCUGGUCCCAGGUGUCCCGGGUGUGCCAGGUGUCCUCUGGUCCCAGGUGUCCCGGGUGUGCCAGGUGUCCUCAGGUCCCAGGUGUGCCAGGUGUCCCGGGUGUGCCAGGUGUCCUCGGGUCCCAGGUUUUCCUCUGGUCCCAGGUGUCCCGAGUGUACCAAGUGUCCUUUGGUCCCAGGUGUCCCGGGUGUGCCAGGUGUCCUCAGGUCCCAGGUGUCCUCGAGUCCCAGUUGUCCCCGGUGUUCCAGGUGUCCCCGGUGUGCCAGGUGUCCUCAGGUCCCAGGUGUCCCCGGGUCCCAGGUGUCCCCGGGUCCCAGGAUGAUAAAGUUCCUGCUCAUGGUGAACCGGCAGGGCCAGACCCGGCUGUCCCGGUACUACCAGCCGGUGGAGCUGAGCCGCAGGGCGGCGCUGGAGGCCGACGUGGUCCGCUGCUGCCUGAGCCGCAAGAAAGACCAGUGCUCCUUCGUGGACUAUAAGGACUUUAAGCUGGUCUACCGUCAGUACGCCGCGCUCUACAUCGUGGUCGGAGUCUCCGACAGCGAGAACGAGCUGUCCGUCUACGAGCUGGUUCACAACUUCGUGGAGGUUUUGGAUAAAUACUUCAGCCGCGUGAGUGAACUGGACAUCAUGUUCAACGUGGACCGCGUCCACAUCGUCCUGGACGAGAUGAUCCAGAACGGACACGUCGUGGAGACCAACAGGAGCCGCGUCCUCGCGCCGCUCACCGCCCUCGACAAGAUGGCCGACGGCUGAGACCAACUGGAGCCGCGGCGUCCUCGACAAGAUGGCCGACGGCUGAGACCAACUGGAGCCGCGGCGUCCUCGACAAGAUGGCCGACGGCUGAGACCAACUGGAGCCGC